UUCUUGUGCUCCCCCUGGCGUUUGUUAGUAGUAUUGUGUAUUAUUAUUUUUUAGUUUAUUUAUUCAUUUGUUUUUCUCUAUAGUUAUGUCUUUUCUUUAUUAACCGCGAUGUUUGUAUCAUCUUAAAUUGCAAGUAAAAUAAAUAAAUAAAUAACAACAUAAAACUACGCAUAUUGAGAAAAAUCCCACAUUUCCGCGACGCUGAGACACCGGAAGUUAUCCUAUGUUGUUCCAGAGCGUUUACAUUAUAUUUUAAACAUGCCUGUAUUCGGAAAAUCCCGCCUCUCUGUUCUGUGAUUGGUUAAUCGUGUGACAUGUUACGCGCUUGCAUUGGCUAGCAGUUCAUAUCGUCGCUGUUGAUUCGCGGAUAAACCGCUAAAACAGAGAAGCCGGAUGUGUAAAAAUACGGGUAGGAAAAUAAUUCCAGCAUGGCGGUUCAAGAAAAGCUCUAAGCUAGACAAACUAGCAGUGGGAUAAUGUGGCCGAGUGCGAGUAAUUACCAUUACUGUUUCUAUAUGUAGUAGUGGCGGUGUGUGUAUGUGUAUAUGUGUGUUUAUACGAGUUGGUGGUUUCUUUUUCCUCAGGUUAAGGACACGGUGGAUUUCUGAGAAUUAGCGGUGGAAAGACACGGAGGUCUGAGAUGUGUCAGGAUUCACAGUGACGGAUUAAACCUCCUGAAGAUGUCCAGCACGGUGUGAAGAACUGCUUUGAGAACGGCUCAGGGACGCAGGAUGGCGGCUAUGAACACAGGUAAAGGUGGGACUGUGAGGUGGAGGCCGCAGCCGUGGCAGGACGCUGAUGGUGGUGGUGGAGAGCCUCUCUCGGACAGCGACUCGGAAGAAGAGGAUUUUCCAGAUGACACGACUACUCCCCUAGGAGAGUACAUUACUCAGGGCUUAAAGCAGCUACUUGAUGCUCAGCAGUUGUGUGACGUCACCCUUUUAGUCGAGGGAAAGAAGUUCAUGUGCCACAGAGUUCUCUUGGCUGCGGUCAGCCCGUACUUCCGUGCCAUGUUCACCAGCCCCUUGGUAGAGUCUCGGCUCACCGAGAUCCGCCUGGAGGAGGUGACGCCUUCGGUCAUGGAGACGGUUAUCCAGUUCGUGUACACGGGGGAAGCGGGGCUCUGCCUCGACACGGCAGAGGACUUGUUUGUGGCAGCCAACCGUCUUCAAGUCAUGCCCUUGCAGAAUCUUUGUUCAAGGUUCCUCUUUGAACACCUUUCUGUGGAGAAUUGUUUGGGUAUGUACUCUCUGGCACGCUCGCAUCACGACCAGCUCUUGCUCAGAGCCUCUUUGAGGCUGGUGGCUCAGCAUUUCCCUCGAGUGGCACGCCAGCGAGACUUUCUCCUGUUGGACCCGGGCACCGUGGGAAGCCUCCUGGAGUCGGACCGGCUCGGGGUGGAGUCCGAGACGGAGGUGUACGACGCGGCGCGGCGCUGGGCUGAGCACCGACCCGCUGAACGCUACGUGCACAUGCCUGCUCUGCUUCGUCACUUGCGCCCGGGUCUGCUGGCCCCCGAGGAGAGCAGGCGGCUCAACAAAGAGCUCGGGCCGAGGGCGGGCACCGAGGCCAUGGGAGGUCCGCUGAGGCCUCGUGAGGGCAUGCUCGAGAAGAAGAUUGUUUGCGUGGAUCUUAAGCCCAGGGAAGAUGAGGCUUUACGAGAGAGCGAUUACACGGUGGAUUGUUUUGACCCACGAACGGGCAAGUGGGAGAAACUUUCAGCCCUGGGCUCUUUGCUGUGUCCAGGCUGCACGGCUGUCGGUGGCCGGCUCUUUGUAGCCGGUGGCAUUUUAAGAACGGGCCAAGUUUCGGCGUCGAUGCACGAGUAUGACGUGGUGCUGGACCGAUGGAUAUCGCGGCCAUCCAUGGAGCAGCCGCGUGCCAUGUUCGGCCUCCUUGGCUCAGGGAACUUUCUCUACGCCCUGGGUGGCUGCAACCGAUCAGUCCUUCUUGACACUUGUGAAACGUUCGACCUCACCACGUUAACGUGGGCACCGGGUCCACGUCUGCCGUUGCCGCUACGCUCUUUUGCCUGCUCCACACUCCGAGGCCGACUGUACUUGCUCGGAGGCGCCACGUUGGAGCAGAACAGGGCUAUGGUGCAUGCCGGUGUGCUCAUCUACCACACCGGUACAAGGACCUGGAAUCGCAUCGGGCUUGAUUCCGGUGCCACCUGCCUGGCUGGAGGAGUAGCAGUACGUGGAGGAGUGUGCGCGGUGGGCGGGUACAUGCGCGAUGCUGCUAAAUUUCUGGACGGCAAUUACACCCAUUUGGAACCGCUUGACGCCACCGGGCGAGUCCUGUUUUUCCGAGAAGGACGAGCGAUGGGGACUGACCGGGACGUCAUGGCCGGAGUAGAGCGAAUCGGAGGUGGCGGUAGUGACCGCGCUCCCAGUCCAGUUGUUUUUCCAGGUCUGCCACGGCGCAUAGCUGCCGCAGGCGUCGCGAGAUGGAAGCGCAGGAUUUACGUGUUGGGUGGUGAGAACGGCUCACGCUUUUACGACAGCGUGUACUGCUGGAAGCCUGGCUGGCGAAGCUGGGUCCAGAGACGUGAGAAACUACCAGGAGAUACAGGCGGAGUGAGCCAGUUUGGGUGCACCACUCUAAAGUUCCCCAAAAAACACAUCUUGGCACGCAUUAGAACAGCCCUGGAGAAGCAGGGGAAGGAAAAGAGACGGAAACGAAAAACGGAGGACGUGCCAAGAAGCCGGCCAACCAGAAGGGCAAAUCAGAAAGUGUGAUUUUUAUUUAAGAAACACGUUUGGGACUCAUCCCUUUCAGUCUUGUUGAAUUUUCAUCACCAAUACCCUUUAUGUUUUGUCUUCCCAAGAAACGAGCGUCACGUCGACAGCUGAUGCUUCUGUUGUUUUGAAGGCUCCUUUAUCUCACUGCUACAUGUUCGAAUGCAAAUUUAAGAUUGAAUGCUGGAAACCGUGAAGCAUGUUAAGCCUAGGACAUUACUGAAAUGUCUCUUGAAUGUAUAUAAUAGCAACAAGAAAUACCAAGCCCGCUGAAAUCCUACACAUGAACUACACGAAAAACAGAAUGACUCCACUCCACGGAAUAAAAACAGGCAAUAAGUUAGGUCUAAUGCCCUAUUCAGACCGUAUUAGUUUCUCAGAUUAGCACUCGUUCACCUUGAAUGAACCUGGAAGACGACAUUUACAAAUAUAAUAUAAGCCUUCCUUUCUUUUGCCAUUUAAUGGCAUCGUAGCUUAAAUAGUUUGUAUUGAAAUUAUGACUGACUUUAUACAGCAAUGAGACAAAUUACAAUCCCACACAAAGCCCUGUAAAUAUUGUGUACAGCAAGAGACGUCUCGUCACGCGCGGCCACCUUUUUGAAUUUAUUUAAACCCGACUCCCCGUGUAAAACUAAUGCGGCCUGAAUAGGGCUUAAGCGUCUAAAUCCAAAAUCGUUCCUUUUAAAUUUAAACUGAAUAGUGCAUCAUCUGCUAAUGAAAAAUGAAUUUAAUCUAACUUUUUGUAUAUCUUUUUAUUUGUUUUCAAAAUGUAAACUUUACUGCAGCGCUUAACAUCAACCUUUAUUUUGUUGUGAGCACAUUGAGGUCAAUAGCCAUCUUUUAAAAAAAAAAAAAAAUCGAAUGGAAAAGAAAACGGAUGAUUUCAGUUAAAUGUAUUUUAAUGUUUUCCUGUAAAGAGGGAACACUUGAUUUUCAAGCAUACAUGAUUGAGAGAAGUUUCAUUCACCUGCAACACAGUAUUUUACAGUAUCUGCCACUAAUGUAAGGUUUAUCUGAGCCUUUUAUUGUAUCGGGUCUGUUUACAACUCUGUUUUGACUUUUUGCCUUAAUGUUGUGUCUUUUAAUUUAGUGUAGUGUAGCUGCAAGUAACGAUUAUCUUCAUAAACGAUUAGUUGGCCGAUUAUUUUUUCAAUUAAUCGAAUGAGUGAAAACUUUCGGGUUAGUAAAAAACUAAUGUGUUCCAUUUGAGACGAUAUCACCUUUCUAAAAUUCAUACACUAGAGCAGUGGUUCUCAACCUUUUGUGAGCUCUGGACCCCGAGCAUCUUUCAAGCAAUCCACAAGGACCCCCUCACUCCACAACAAUUAUAGGUUAUAUAUUAAACGGUCAUUUCUAUAUAUGUUGCUUUAUUUUAUUAAUAUUUAACAUUAAUAAUAUUAACAUUGGACAUUUAAAAUUGAAUCAAAACAUUUCACGAUUUUAUUUUUUACAUUUUCUUAUUGGUGUGACAUUUAAUUUGACUCUCUGAAUUAUCCUUUGUUUAUCUUAUCCAUCAGUGCGACACCUGAACUUCUCUACCACUCACAGGUUUUUGCGAAUGAUCAUUUCAUUUGUAAAUAAAUUUUAAAAUAAAUCCAGCAAUGAACGAUUGUGAUAUUUAUGAAUACACGCAAAUAACAAAAUUGAUUAAUUUUAAAACAUCUCACUUUAAUGUUUUGA